GCUACGAGGGCGCGGCGCGGGCGGAAGUGGCGACGCUGGCGUCCCCGGAGCCUGCGGCAGGCGGCAGUGACGGCCCCGGCGCUGACGGCGGCGGCCCGGGGGGCGGCGUGGACGCCCGCGGCGCCGGCUGGGGCAUCACCGCGGGCCUCGACCCCGAAAUGGCGCUGCUGGCGGAGCACCUGCUGAAGCCGCUGCCGGCGGACAAGCAGAUAGAGACCGGGCCCUUCCUGGAGGCGGUGUCCCACCUGCCGCCCUUCUUCGAUUGCCUCGGGUCCCCCGUGUUUACACCCAUCAAGGCAGACAUAAGUGGCAACAUCACGAAAAUCAAAGCCGUGUAUGACACCAACCCAGCCAAGUUCCGGACCCUGCAGAACAUCCUGGAGGUGGAGAAGGAAAUGUAUGGAGCAGAAUGGCCCAAAGUGGGGGCCACGCUGGCACUGAUGUGGCUGAAAAGAGGCCUUCGCUUCAUCCAGGUCUUCCUCCAGAGCAUCUGCGACGGGGAGCGGGACGAGAACCACCCCAACCUCAUCCGCGUCAACGCCACCAAGGCCUACGAGAUGGCCCUCAAGAAGUACCAUGGCUGGAUUGUGCAGAAGAUCUUCCAGGCAGCCCUGUACGCAGCACCCUACAAGUCCGACUUCCUGAAAGCUCUCUCCAAGGGGCAGAACGUGACGGAAGAGGAGUGCCUGGAGAAGAUCCGCCUCUUCCUGGUCAACUACACGGCCACCAUCGACGUCAUCUACGAGAUGUACACCAAGAUGAACGCGGAGCUCAACUACAAGGUGUAGGGGAGGCGCGCCAGCCGCAGCCGCGGAUGAGCAAGCAAGCCGGAUCACUGUGAAUGGAGCCACAGGCCGCCCAGGCCUGCGUCCCCAGAGCUGCCCACAGACCAGCCGGGGUUUGCAGGGGUUUGCAGGGGUCGGCCCUGCUUUUAAAAGUCUUUUUUUUUUUUUUUUUUUUUUUUUUUUUUUUGAGGGGGGUCUAUUCUAAUGGAGCAAUAAGUUAUGAACCUCCUUCCAAAUCUCCUUUGAAUUUCACAGCAGCAUAGACUGGAUACCUUCAUUUCAGCGUGAUAAAAGUCAAUUAACGAUGCUAAUAAAUCAAGUCCUAGGGUUUUGGGUUUGGGUUUUCCUCCCACAAGGAGCACAGCUCUCGGGGCAGGUAGAUGCCUCCUUUAUGGAGAAGCACGUGGCCCUGGGAGGAUUUCGCUGAACCAAGCUUUGGUGUUUUAAGGACCAUGAAGAGUGUGACAGGGAAAGACGCAGGGGCCCUAUUGCAUUUUUUGACAAAGCCAGUGGGUGCGUGUUGUUGUGUGGUUUGCACAGCCCUGUCCUCAGAAGCCUGCUCUACUCUCUUCUCUCUGCCAGUUUUUUUGUUUUGUUUUUAAAUUAGCCGAAACCAACCAGCAAGACUUUGAUGACCAAGGGGGUGUUUCUUUUCAAGCUAUUGGGCACAAACAGUUGACCACAGAUGACUGAAUUUGCAUUAUUGUGCAUAAUAAUUUCUUCAGGGACAGGUUUUCCAACCUAAGAAACUACCUACCACAUGAAUCUCUGGAGGGGGAGACGUGAGCCUCCAGCCGCUGAGACACAAGGAAACGCCUCACUGCCUUAACUGUCCUUCUUGGCGCUAAAAAGAGCUCUAUUUUUUAAAGUGGGGGCAAACAAAGCAACCCCAGAACAAGUGAUAAAACCCAAUGAGGAUCGAUUGGUGAUUUGUAUGCAGAAACUAAGUAACCUUAAUAAAUAAAUCUCUAUUUUGGAAUCA